GAAGAAUUCUUUUCUUUAUUAUCUAAACAACCUACUAGAGUCUCUAUUGAUAUUUUGGAAGGUAUUUAUUCAAGGAAGAAAAGAAUUUAUGAUCCUUUAAACUAUUUACGUUCAGAAUUGAAUAAUCCAAAACAUAAAAUGGAUAGUAAACCUAAACAUAUACCAUAUUAUUGUGGUAUGGUGCGUAAAAUUGUUGUAACUCCUACUACAAGUUAUAUUUUAACUCCAACCAUAGAAACUUCUAAUAGGGUGAUCCGUUAUUUUCGUGAUAAGAAAGAUCAUUUUUUACGUGUUCAAUUUGUUGAUGAGGCCUUGAGUAAAGUUAGUUCAUCUAAUGGGGAUUUUAAUGAUACUUCAAAUCUUGCUUUAUAUGAUAGAGUUUAUUAUACUUUACAUCAUGGUAUUACUAUUGGUGAUAGGCACUACGAAUUCUUGGCUUUCUCUGCUAGUCAAUUAAGAGAUCAUAGUUGUUGGUUUUUUUCGCCAACUGGUAAUUUAACUGCUAAUAAAGUUAGAGAUUGGAUGGGGAAUUUUUCAACAAAUAAAAGUGUAGCAAAAUAUGCUGCCAGAAUGGGUCAGUGUUUUUCAAGUACUCGUGCUAUUCAAAAACUACCUAUUGAUGACAUUAAAGAAAUUCCCGAUAUAGUUAGAAAUGGUUUCACUUUUUCUGAUGGGGUAGGAAAUAUCUCUUUUUCAAUAGCAAAGAAGAUUGCUUAUGAAUUGGAUUUAAAAACAAUUCCAAGUGCAUUUCAAUUUAGAAUGGCUGGGUAUAAGGGUGUUUUAUGUCAGGCACUUGAUGUUAAAGAAAAUCAAGUUCAAGUUCGUCCUAGUCAACAUAAAUUUGAAUCACAUCAUAAUGUGUUGGAAGUUAUCAGAGGUUCUACGUUCAUCUCAGCAUAUCUCAAUCGUCAGGCCAUUACAUUAUUGUCCGCAUUAGGAAUUCCUGAUGAAGUAUUUAUUGGAUUAAAAGAUUUACGAGUUAGGGAAUUGGAUAAAAUGCUUGAAAGUGAACAUACGGCGUUGGAUGUUUUACAAAGGAAUGUUGAUGAAUAUGGAAUUUCAAUCUCACUUGCUGAUCUUAUCAAAGCGGGAUUUUUAAGAAAUAAUGAUCGAUAUUUGAUGAAUUUGAUUUCUUUAUUUCGUAUCAUGAUGUUAAGAGACAUUAAGAAAAAGGCGAAAAUUCGUGUUGAUAAAGGGGCAUUCUUAUUAGGCGUCUUGGAUGUCACCGAAACUUUACAAGAGAAUCAAAUUUAUUGUUGCGUAUCUGAUCCAUGUAACCCAUCCAGUAGAAAGGUAAUAACUGGAAGGUGUAUAGUAUUUCGAAAUCCUUGCUUUCAUCCAGGAGAUAUACGUAUAGUUACAGCUGUGGAGUGUGAGGCUUUAAAUCAUUUAGUAGAUGUAGUAGUAUUCCCAGCAGUUGGUUCUCGUGAUCUUCCUAGCGAGUGUAGCGGUGGUGAUUUAGAUGGUGAUGAUUUUACGUAUCGUUUAAUCCCUAUUAAGGCUUAUGAGCCUAUGAACAAUACGGCUCAAAAACCAAGAAUGGUCGAAAAUGUAACAAUGGAAAAUAUCAAAUCAUUUUUCGUAAAAUAUAUCUUCUCCGACAAACUAGGGAUGAUUGCGAACGCUCAUCUGGCAAAAGCAGAUUUUUUUGAAGUUGGUGCAUUACAUGGGCAAUGUAAACGGCUUGCACAAUUACAUUCCGAUGCUGUAGAUUUCCCUAAAACGGGAAGACCACCAGAAUUUCCACCUGAACUUCGUGCUAGUAAAUUCCCGGACUUUAUGGAAAAAGCUGAUAGACAAUCCUACGAAUCUCAAAAAGUUCUUGGUAUCUUAUAUCGUUCUAUUAAUGUAUCGGAAGAGUAUACCCCACAAACUAAUUUAAAUAUAGAAAAUUUUGAUGAAAGAUUAUAUGUUGAAGGAUAUGAUGAAUUUUUAGAUGAUGCGCGAAAGCUAAAACGAGAGUACGAUGCAAACAUAAGGGGAUUAAUGAACCAAUUUGGAAUUAUGACUGAGAUCGAAGUAACUAGUGGAUACAUCGUGAAUACUAUUACAAAAGUUGAUAAAAAGAAACCUCGCGAUGUAACCAAAUCAGUGAUGGAAGCCUUAAUUCCAAUCAAACGACAUUAUAAAAAAUUGUUUGAACAAGAAUUUUAUAAUGGGGGAUCUAAUAUUAUUACACCCGAUAUUCGUAGUAGGAUGGAGUCUAAAGCAUAUGCAUGGUAUUAUGUAUCAUACCAUCCAUCUGAAUUAGGUGAUGAUGAUUCUGAAAAUAUGAUAUCAUUCCCUUGGAUUGUGCAUGAUAUCUUAUGUGACAUUGCCGUUAGAAAUAAUCAUAAAGUUAAAGUAUCCAUGGAACCAAUAGAUUUAUUAGGACCUGAUGACGUUAACUCUAAUAUUUUUUCAACCGGUAAUCAGAAUCAAAAUUAUAAUUUUGAUCAAAACCAAGAUUUAAUCUCCGGAUUAAAUGACAAAUAUGAACCUUCCAAGUAUCAACAUUCCAUUGAUGAUGAUCUGAUGGCCGACAUAGAAAUGUUGAAACUUUCUAUCAAGAAAAAAUAUUAAAAAAAUAAAUAAAAUUUUUAUGAUUAAAAAUUUUAAAUA